GUCCACGCCACCUGGGCCGGGGGCGGUUGCGGGGUCCUUUCUCCGUGCAUGGGCUCGCCCGCGCGGCGGUGCUCUUCGGUGCCUGCGAUGGAGGGCGUGCGUUGGGCCUUUUCGUGCGGCACCUGGCUGCCGAGCCGCGCCGAGUGGCUGCUGGCGGUGCGGUCGAUCCAGCCCGAGGAGAAGGAGCGCAUCGGCCAGUUCGUCUUCGCCCGGGACGCCAAAGCAGCCAUGGCCGGUCGUCUGAUGAUGAGGAAAUUAGUUGCAGAGAAAUUGAAUAUCCCUUGGAAUAAUAUUCGUUUGCAGAGAACUGCAAAGGGAAAACCAGUUCUUGCGAAAGACUCCUUGAAUCCUUACCCCAACUUCAACUUUAACAUCUCUCAUCAAGGGGACUAUGCUGUGCUCGCUGCCGAACCUGAGCUGCAAGUCGGAAUUGACGUAAUGAAGACUAGUUUUCCAGGUCGUGGUUCAAUUCCAGAAUUCUUUCAUAUUAUGAAAAGAAAAUUUACCAACAAAGAAUGGGAAACCAUCAGAAGCUUUAAUGAUGAAUGGACUCAACUGGAUAUGUUUUAUAGGAAUUGGGCCCUGAAAGAAAGCUUCAUAAAAGCCCUUGGUGUUGGCCUAGGAUUUGAAUUGCAACGGCUUGAAUUCGAUAUAUCCCCAUUAAAUCUCGAUAUAGGCCAAGUUUAUAAAGAAACACGUUUGUUCCUAGAUGGGGAAGAAGAAAAAGAAUGGGCAUUUGAGGAAAGCAAAAUAGAUGAGCACCAUUUUGUGGCAGUCGCUCUGAGGAAACCGGACGGAUCUAGACGUCAGGGGGUUCCAGCUCAAGAUGAUUCUAAACCAACUCCGAGGCAGUUUAGUGUCCUCACUUUUAAUGAUUUAAUAUCAUCUGCUGUUCCUAUGACCCCUGAAGAUCCUUCGUUUUGGGACUGUUUUUGUUUCACAGAAGAAAUUCCAAUACGGAAUGGUACAAAAUCAUGAUAGGAUUCCCCAAGUAACAAAGGAAAAUGAAAACUGUUUGUAAUCUUCUGUAUUCACUAAAACAAUAAAUGCCUGAUAGUAUCCAAUUUUAUUUCAAAAACCCGUUUUUAUAAAAGCAAACCACUUUUCCUAUUAAAAACACCAGGUUCUCAGUUCAAGCUAAUUCCCUAGAACACACGUUUACCUCUUCUUUCCCAAAUCGUACUGGAUUGACAAAAGGAGUAGAAAAAGGAGCAGAAUCUUACAGUGAUAGGUGCUUAUUGUAGAACAAAGUAGAAAAUCGAAUAUGGAGAAAGGGAAUAUGUAAAUUUUUAUGCUUCAGAGAUAAUGAUUCCUAAAACCUGAAGUUUCUUUCCAGACCCUGUUCUUGGCAAAUGAAUCCAUAUUAACCACUUUCUUUUUUUCAUGGAAACAUAGUGUUUUGUAAUUUUUUUAUUGGCUUAACUGUAUAUCUCCUGUUCAUUAGUCUGCAUCUGUGGCUUAACUGGCGCUGAAGUCGUGACCAGAGGUAACAAUAUCCAAGUAACCCCGGGGCAUUUAUCAUCCGAAUUGGCACACGGUUCCAAGGUGCCCGUAACCUCAGCCUCGGAUUAUCGGUUCUGCCUGGGGCUCCUGUCCCUCAUGGAGAGAGCUGCUCCCGUAACGUGAGCCUCACAUCUUCAUAGGAUUGGGUCUAAAAGGCAGGAAAGGCCAUUUCUCCUCUCAGUCUCAUUGUCAUCCAUGAAGAGAACUUCCCAACAGACCCACAAUGUUUCCCCCCAGCUUCUCUUGACUCAGGUCGGACCCCUGAUGUUAAUGGCCUCUGUGGGGAAUAGACCCGCGGUAGGGAGCCCGGCGAGGGUGGGGACGUGGCAUCGAGGGCGCCCGGCCACCUGCCAUCACAGGGAAGGUCUGGUUCGCACCAUGUGCACCCCUUCCCGUGCUGGACGUUGUGUCCUUGUGCGCUGUUUACUAUGAACACUGGUGUAGUGAGUGUCCUUGUGACCACGUGUUGAGGAACAUGCUUCUCGUCCUUAAGAGCAUUUCUGGAAGUGGUUCACAAGGCUUAAACAGUUCUAGAACUUUGAGAAGAAAAGGCCGUGUGGUUUCCACUUCCAGCUAAUGUUACAUGUGAGACCACCCCUCCGCCUACCCCCCCACCCCACCCCCACCCCACCCCCGUUCUCCCUGGUCAGCUGUACAAAUUCUCUGUUUUCUUCAUUUGAUCUUUGCCAAUAUAAGUGAGAAAUGGUGUCUUGUUUUUAAAUUUGUAUUUUAUUACAAAUGAGAUUGAUACAUUAUUGUUGUUACUAGCUGUGUUUAUUCCUUUCUUCUGAACCAGUUGUUCAUAAUCUUUGCCUGUUUUAAUUCAGUGAAUUAGCACUUAAAGUGGGAACAAAAUCUAGAAGAUGCCAAGACCAUCACGUCGAUGACAGAAUCUGUUACACAGCUGUAGUGCAUGUCUUGGGGACUUUAAGUCUUGUUAUUGUGGGAUAUCAAGAAGUGAAAGAAUUCUGUUGUUUUUGUUACUAAAAUUAAUAAUUGUGUGUAAAUUGCAUAAAAUUAGAUAAUUUGCUUAGUAAAAAACACAACUGGAAUGUUUUGUAAUUUUUUAUUUUAUGAAGCAUGCCCGAAUACUCCAAGCAGAGCAAAUAAUGUGUUUUUAAAAGAUCAAGUGACAUAUAAAAUAGGAAACCUUGUUGUCCCUUAGCAUGAAUGUAAUAGUGAUAUGAAAACCUGUCAUCUGUCUUGUCAUGAUAAUAAAGCAAAUAACGUCAGUGAAUUUUUAUGAGCCAGGCACUGCACUAGA